UAAAUUUGAAAUACCAUUAAAUACAGAGUAGAGAUGAGAGCAUCAAUUGGUGCUAAACAAUGAUAAAACUAGUAUAACAUAUCAAAAAAGAGGCAUUACUUUUGUCUAUCAGAGAAAAAGCGAUAGUGUUUUUGGGAAAAGAGGACACAAACUGAUUGUUCAAAUAUUACUUCAAAUUGUCUGUCAAAAUACACACUUGUUUUCAAUUAGUUUAAACACCAAAAAAUUUUGUGUGUGUUUUAAAAAUCAUAUUAAAACUUUUUGCACUUAUAUUUAUUAUAACGGUUUCUUUUGGGAAUUAAUAAUAAUAAUUAUAAGUUUAAAAUCAUGCAAAUUGCCAAAUUAUUAUUACCGAUAAUUUGUUUGAUCGGUACUACAUUUGCGGCCGAAACUCGUGUCAAAGUGGGUGCCAAACGGUGGGCCUUUCAUAUUGAGACCAAUGAAGGCCAAAAUGUACGCAAAGAGUAUACCGAUGAAAAUGGUGUCACUUUUGGUACUUUUACUUUCGUAUCGACCGAUGAUAACACACCCAAACAGCUUCACUAUAAGUUUGAUUUGAAUGCCGACGAACCCGACAUAUCGUUCAAAGUGGUCAACGAAAGUGUCGCCACUAAUCCUAAUGUCGAAACUCCGGCUGAAUCUACUGGAGCCGACUCUACGGCUGCUGAAUCUACCGGUGAUCCAGAAAGUGCAUCCAAUAUUACGUCAACGACACCAAAAUCAACUGAACCUAAUUACGAGUCCAUCGACGGUGAAGAAGAGUUUUCGGGACACGUCUCGCUAAAAGUGGGCAAAUCUUCGUAUUUGAUUAACUUCUUGAGUGGCGACAAAACUGCUGCCCGUGAAGAAGCUCUCGACGAUAGUGGACUUAUUUAUGGCAAAUAUACUUAUUUUCAUCAACAAAAACAAUCCAAAGUUGUCGUUAACUAUAAAUUCAAUUCAUCGGGAAGUGAUCCCACAUUUGAGGUAUCAAUGUAUAAGAAGAGUGAACCCAACCGUCUGUCACCACAAGACAGUGAAUUGAAUCCAAACACUUACUAUGGACCCAAUCGUGUUGAUCGACGCAUUCUGUACGACCAGCCCUACCGUCAGAGACAACCAUCGAUGCCAUCGGUAACAGUUCACAGUACUAAUCCACCGCAUAAUAUCAUAACUCCAAUGCAGGGAAACUGGUAUUAUCGGGUCCAGAAGUGAUCCAUCCAUUCAUCCAUCAAUGGUGACACCAUCGGAGUUCAUCGAUGAUGCAAUGCUGCCAUUCAAUUGAUUUUGAUGUUCAAAACUAUUGAUGUUUUUUCAUUAAAUAUUUUUUUGUGUUAUACAAUAUAAUAUUUUUCCGGCACUUUUAUUUGAUUUGAUUUCAAUUAUUAUUAUUUUUUUGUAUUACAAAAAAUUAUAACUUAAUUUACAAAAUACCAAAUACUGUGUUUUUUUUGUUGCA